AUGGCUGUGAAGCAGAACUACACAAUGGUCAUUAAAGAUUAUCUUUUCUCUUUUCCAGAGAGAUCAGUGCUUGCCCAGCCAACAUUUAUCUUUGAGAAGAAGGACCAUCUUUUGAAGCGGCCUGCAGAAGACCCAGUUUGCAAAGCUGAAAAUGAUCUCAUUAGGUGCUCCAGAAAACGGGCAAGAUCAUCAUCUUUCACUUUCCAGAAGGCUGACUCACAGUCCGACCCAGAUACAACACUCUCUCAGAAAAGAGGAAGAUCAUCUUCCUUUACCAUACUUCCUACUUUUCCCCCCUCCCAGACAGUAAAGAAUAAAAACAUAUUCAUGACCGCAGCUCUUCUUCAAAGAAAUACUGACAUCAAAACUACAAAAGAAGGAUGCUUGUCACCAAGUCAGUUGCGGAAUGUCAUUAGACCUGCCAUUUUGCAGCCACCACAAGCCCUCCCAUGUCCUGAAAAUUCCAUGGCAUCUGUAGUGACUACAAAAGAAGUACGCGUUCAGUUAUCUGAAAACAGCUCUUAUUCCUCAGUGGAGAAUUCAGUAAGUUUGAAGACAGCAGCAAGUUCAUCUAUUGCCGUGAACAACAGCCCUAAAACAACACGAAGUCAGCAAGUUGAAGACAAAAAUACAGUAAAAAACAGCAAUUCUGAUUUUGUGUUUGGAGAAAACAUGAUGGAGAGAGUUUUGAGUCCUGAAAAACAUCCUGAGACAUCUAAUGGAGCUUAUUCAUGCAGAAGAGAAGUAACAUCCGUGUACAGAGAAUCUUUUCAUGCUCAUGCACAGACAAAAACAGCUUUCAUAAAAAAUGCAACACUAACUGAAUCAGCAGCUGUGUGUAUUUCCAAGCCAGUGGAGAAAAUUGUGUUAGAUAAAGUUGAAAUUAUAACUGGAGAAGAAGCAGAACACAAUGUAUUACAGAUCAACUGCAAGCUCUUUGUAUUUAACAAGUUCUCUUUAACCUGGAUUGAAAGAGGCAGAGGAUCUCUGAGACUUAAUGACACUUCUAGCAAUAAAUGUGGAAAGUUGCAAUCAAGGCUAAUUAUGCGAAAUCAAGGCAGUUUGAGACUGAUUCUCAACACCAGACUCUGGGAUCAAAUGGUGAUAAAAAGAGCUAAUAGAAGGAGUCUGUGCUUCACUGCAACAGAUCAAGAAGAUCACUCUGUUCAAGUAUUUCUAAUACAGGCAAGCUCAAAAGAUGCUGGGUACCUGUAUGCAGCAAUACACCACCGCCUCGUGGCCCUGCGAACCUCCAGCGAGCAAGAAUCAGAAGCUAAUCAAAUAGGCACAGAAUCAGAAAUAACUUUUCUUCCAUUAAACUGUGAUAGUGACGAUGAAGAUGAUGAAAAUACAACUCAAGCAAGCAGCAGUGGAUCUGAUCAUUCUAGAUGGAACCGCAGGCAGCCCGUGGUCUGCUCAUGACAGCCACAGAGGUUACAGCAGUGCAGCAGGGAACUCAACUGCCUGAAAUCUCUAUUCCAGCUCAUCAGUCGCUGGAGGGAGGAAAUCAGAUGCAUUUCACUUCACAACUUUCAAGCAAAGGUUAAUUUUAGGGACGGCUUAAGUUUAAUAUGUUGGGGAAAAAACUUAAGGUGCGCUUGAGGGUUGUGGCCAGCGUGCUGUGCGCUGACAUGAGAGUGAGAGAUGGCUUCCAAGAUCGAGAGGUGCGGCAAAGGCUUCAAGUUAUAGAGUUAAAURUAUUUACAGGCAUUAUUAAAGUAAGGAAUUUAAUACUGAACCAAUGAUUAUUCAUCAUAUUGAUGGAUAAAAUCAUAUAACCAUGAGUAAUAGUAUACAUGAAGAUAUAUUUGUUGGUUUUUUUUCUUUUUUGAUUGUUAUUUAAAAUACACAUUUUGAAGUCUUUAAAUUGUGUUUCAYUGAAAACAUUUUAAGUAGCAUGGCAGCAUUCAGCAUCCUCUUCGUCAAUACACAGAAGAUAAAACUGUCAGUGGACAGUUUGGUUUGAGUGAGGUCUAUAGUCAGCAGCCUUCUUAAUUAAACAACGUUUUAUUUUGAAAAAAUGUGAAGUUAUAGACUGGGAAUAAAAUUUUAUUAAAGGGCAAAGAGCCAAGAUCUGCUUUUACACCCUCAAGCAUCAGGAGAAAUCAACAUUAAGAAUUUGAAGCCAGAAGUUCUAGGGGGCAUCUGAACUUCAAAAGCUACAAGUGAAUGUUUGCACUCGCAAACACCUUCUUUGCUUGCACAAAACAAGCACUUGCACUCUUAAUUGUCCUUUUGAUGUAUACAAAUAUGUGCACAUACAGUAUAACUGGAGAUCUCCAUAAAAAUAAAUUACCUUAAGUGUGUGAAAUUAGCCAAGAUUACUUCAGAUUUGUUUUCAGUUGUCAAAAUCUGUGAGCAGCAUCAUGUCUUGUAAUGAGGCGAAGCUGUUGCAUGCCCUAAUAUGUGCAAUACCAACAGUGCCAGUUGUUUGUACAAGUCCCUUUGUACAAGCUAUUCCUCAAGCUACUGUUCACUGUCUAAUCAUUUCUAUGAAGAAUUAGAAAACUCCUCUCUUCAAUGCUACCUGUGAGGUAACAUGCCCCAUGUACUGUACAAAGUCAUCAUUUAAUGCUCUUUGCUUUAAGAAAAUGCCUGUUUUUGUUCUCCAGCAAAUCCUUACUUUUUAGACUCCCGGUUACCAAAUACUAUGUUAUCAUCAGAGAUAAAAAAAAAAUGUCCCAGAAUACCUGAAGUUUGCUUCAUUAAGGUGGUUGCAAUGAUUCGUGACCUUUAAAAGUCAUGUUUGCAGAGUAAAAUUAAAAUUUAGUCUUCCCAUCUAGCAUAAAUGAGCAUAAAUGAAAGGUUGGAAGAAUUCCAGAUUUUUCCUAAAUUUUCAAUGUCCUGCCAAAAUUAGCAUCUGGAUUGUGCUGAAUCUUCAACAGCCUGCCAAAAUUAGCACUUUCCUGACAUUGAUUUAGCAUCUGGAUGCCAGGCAGCCUAAGUGGGAGUGCGGUUUAGCCUGCAGCAAAAGGGAAGCGUUUCACAAGAGCCCAUCCGUCUGCAAUGCUGUUCCACUGGCCUGGCAUUCUGUAGCUCUGCAGUGGGCUGAUACUCAGGCAGCCAGGCUACCACAAAUGCACUUUCCGUGAGCGGCUGUACGCUGUGUCCUUUGCUAUCAGUCUCCCUCCUGACCACAACUGCGUUUGUAUCACUGACCUCCAUAAUUCAUUGCUGCAACUCCAACUUGGGAACAAAGCAGCACSUUAUAAAGGCGUCCAGCAGUUGUAAAACACGGCAGCCCCAUGGAUGUAGCAACAGGUCAUGGUGAGACCUUUGCCCUGGAGCUCAGUUGCUUUUGCGCUGAACACACCAAGGGCCAUUUCAAAGUCUGUCCUGAUAAKGAAAGGCCUCCAUGAAGGAGGGUCACGAACAGCUAAAUUCUGCUACAGCUGAAAAAUCCUUGGUAAAUGAAGGAGUUCCAAGCAGGAGACAGAGCUUGGGCAGACACAGGACCUAAAAAUCGGAAUUU